ACAAAUAUUUGUCAACACUGCGAUCACUGUCUUAAAAUGAGUUGGUAUGUGCCGAGUGUGUGUUCUUCCAGGGCUUUCUGCAGAAUUUGUUUUCUGUCUGUUGUCGUACAUGCUGUCUCCACUGUGAAGAAAUAUGACAUGGGAACGAUGUGUGGAGACAGACUAGACCUGGAGGUACCGGGACUCGAGAACGUGGAGAUCACCAACAACGUCGCCGUUGACCUCCGACGUGACUGUGACCUGACCGUCUUGGCACCUUCAGGCAAGAUGCUGAUGGCGACCUUCACCUCCAUCGAAUUCACUCCGGGCCCUUUCUGUGAGGCUGUUGGUCACGUGACGCUAAAUGGUGAGAGAUGCAGGACCCGGUUUCCUGUUACAAACGUCCCCCGCUUCUUCCGCCGAGUCGACCUCUCCAUCUCUUUCAGGCCUGGAGGAAGCAGGGAUGGGCCUCGUUUUAAUCUCCUCCUGACUGCAUUCAGUAAUGCUCCCUGCUUCUCCAGGGACUACACCUGCUCCAACAACGUGUGUAUAUCUCGCCGUCUCCUUGGCAAUGGGUUAGACAACUGUGGAGACGGGACGCUCCAGGUGAACGAUGAUUCUAAAACACCUGUACCGAUAUGGGUGCUGGCAGUGUUCAUUGUCAUAGCGGUCUUAACCGUCGUUAUCGUCGCAGUCUGUGUUAUUCGUUGGCGGAGAAAAAGGCAGGAUGACGCAUCAGCAAUUCAAACCAUUAGUUUUACCAAUGAAAACUUCCGUGUAUCUCGAUCCCUAAUCGAGACCUAAUGUGUUGUAUUCUGCGUUACUGUCAGGCUAUAUCCGUAAAGAACAAGGUGGGAUAACGUCCCGCAUUGUCGCCCUUUGGUAAAAUAAAAAAAAAAAUUCAAAGCGGGACAAUGCGACAAAUUGCCAACAUGUCGCCAUGUCGCAUUGUCACAGAGUCGCGCUUUGGUUAUGUUUGACACUUUUUGCCUGUUUUUGUUAGGGUGACAAUGCGACAAUGUGACAAUGUGACAGUGUCCAAUCUAGGAUUCAACACCUUUGGCCCACUGGAAUGAUUAAAUUUAAGGUUGCGGAAAACGUUGAAAUAUCAGUAUGAACAUUGUCAGACAUGUAUCAAAUGGAUCAAAAUUAGUCUUUUUCCGUUCUUUUCAUUCGUUUUAGACUUUUGAUAUGACAAAAAAGCAACAAAUGUAACACAUUAAGUGAAUUUUAGUGACCCAAAUCAUUUUUGUACCAUAUGUCCAGUGUAUUUUCCAUCCCCUAACAAAUUGAGCUUGGGUCAAAGACUUAUUCAUGUUCAAAUAUUAGAAAUAUACCUCUCCGAACCUCUAAAAUAAGCUUUAUAACACAUUAUAACCGUAGCUAUGCAUUAAGUGUUGGUAUAGGACAUAAUUAUGAACUUGUUGAAAUGAACAUAGUCUAAUUGUCAACCAUAUGAAAAUUUUCAUAAACAUUUGUGAAGAUUUUCCCCGUGUCUUAAAUUAUGUAUGAUGCCUCAUACCUACCUCGACUUGGAGCGUUGGGGUAGCCAAGUGGUUAAAGCGUUCGCUCGUCACGCCGAGGACCCGGGUUCGAUUCCCGAGAUGUGUACAAUGUGUGAAGUCAAUUUCUGGUGUCCCCCGUCGUGAUAUUGCUGAAAUAUUGCUAAAAGCGGCGUAAAACCAUACUCACUCACUCACUACCUCGUCUGUUCAGAGCCCUUCGACCAUUACCUGACAAGUCGUGUAAUUUCGAGGCAAGUCGAGUUCUUUUACCGGAAAGGUUUGUAGUUGUUCUCAAAUGACAUAAUCGUUGUUUGUAGGCAUUAGUAUAUUAACUGUUUGAUCAAACUUGGUAUAACAAAAGCUACGAAACCCUUUCCAAAGCCACAAGAGUUGAUUGUGGGAUUCCGACUGUAUCAUGAACACGUGUUUAUGAAUCUCUAUCAAAGAGAGAUAAUUCCAGGUGUUCGCGAAAAAGUGAGCAUAUCCUGCUCUACCGGUGGCAGCCGUCACAAACACAUGCAAAGGCAGGUCAAUUGUUCACUCCACAAAACCCGGGUGUGUUUACUUAUACCAUAUGUUCCUGUGGGUUUGUAGGUGAACAAUUGACUUGCCUUUGCAUGUUUGUGAUGGGUGCCACCGGUGGGGCAGGAUACGCUUAUAGUCAUAAACACAUGUUCAUGAUAUAGUCGGAAGCGUACAAUCGCGAUUCAUUUGAUUAUGGAAAGAGGUUUGUCGUCUCUAUUAUUUUUACAGAUUGGCAACAAACUCUGCCUUAGUUAUGUACAUAACACAUCUAAUUAUAAUAAAUUUAUAACUCAUUUACUUCAAUAAAUAUUUUUUUCUGA